AUGUCGCAGUUUAACUACAUGAAUGAGCUCAAGGACAUCAUCACAAUGGACGGUGAACUGACAAAAGGACCGGCUCCACGAUGGCAGAAAAAAUUAGACAUGUCGGCUGCAUCGACAAGCUUCAACACUAGUUCAAUAAACACCUCCCGUCCGAUGCUCUCCAUGUCGUUUAGUGGAGCUCAGCCUCCGGGGACGAGCUCUGGUACUUUAAGCGGGAAAACUCCCAAAAAAACGAGUUCGAAAGCAACCCCCGGUAAAGGUAAAGGGCAGACGCCAAGCCAAAAACAACCCUCGGGAGGUGACCGGUUUAUUCCCAAUAGAAAUACGACCGAUUUUGAUCUCGGUCAUUUUAUGGUGAAGCAGAACGAAGCUAAGAAAGACAAUGACAACGAUGGGGGUGAAACUUUGGUACCUAAUCAAACCAGCCCCAAAAAUGCCGAAAGAAUCAAAAUCCUUUCGGAAGCAAUGAAAGGAUGUGAUAUUAGUAACAAAAGAAUUUUGUCUUAUCAAACAAAGGCUCCCGCAGCACCGGAUGGCCAUAUGAACCCACAUAAGGUUGUUUACUCCAUGAAAACACCAAUGUCUACUAAAAGUGGAUCGCGGUUUAUACCAAACGCUCCAGAAAGGAUUCUGGAUGCACCGGAUAUAAUCAACGACUAUUAUUUGAAUCUCAUGGACUGGAGCGGUGACAACGUAGUAGCCGUGGCCCUCGGUUCUUCAGUAUAUUUAUGGAACGCAUCCAGCGGAAAUAUUGAGGUGUUAUACGAAAACGAAGGUGCGGAACACGCCUGUGCACUGAGCUGGAUUCAGGAAGGACACAUUCUCGCGGUCGGAACGAACAUAGGAACGAUUGAGUUGUGGGAUUGCGAUCAUAUGAAACGACUUAGAGUGAUGGAUGGCCAUUUAGGGCGCAUUGGUGUACUUGCAUGGAACUCAUACAUCGUCUGUUCUGGGGGUAGAGAUGGUGCCAUUAUCAAUCAUGAUGUCCGAUCGCGGAAUCACAAUGUAGCAGAUCUUCGAGCUCAUUCGCAGGAAGUGUGCGGACUAAAGUGGUCACCAGAUGGGAAGCAUUUGGCCAGCGGAGGUAAUGACAAUUUGGUGAACGUAUGGAGUACAGCUAACGGUGUACCGCAUACCACUACCACACCGCUUCAUGGUUUCAAUCAACAUCAGGCAGCAGUCCGCGCUUUAGCCUGGUGUCCAUGGCAGCCACACACCUUGGCAUCGGGGGGAGGUACCGCCGAUCGGUGUAUCAAAUUUUGGAAUGUCAAUAGUGGACAUAUGCUAAAUUCGGUCGAUACGAAAUCGCAAGUUUGUGGACUUUUGUUCUCCAAGACAUACAAGGAGCUGAUUUCUGCUCAUGGGUAUGCCAAUAAUCAGUUAACAAUCUGGAAGUAUCCGUCUAUGAAUAAGCAAAUAGAUCUGCUCGGUCACACCGGUCGGGUUUUACAAAUAGCCAUGUCACCCGAUGGAAGCACUGUCAUGAGCGCCGGCGCCGAUGAAACAUUAAGACUGUGGAACUGUUUUGUUCCUGAUCCGCUUAUGACUAAAAAAGAAAAAUCCGCUCAACGAGCGAAGCCCAGCCUACUGAAGCAAAGCAUCCGAUGA